AUGGCAACUGGAACACAACUUGAGAAAAAUCCGUUGCUCAAUAAAAUUCACAAAAUUCUCAACACAGAUAUUGAAGAAAACACAGAAUUAUUCGACGGUCUGAAAGCUAUCUCCAAUAUCCUACCCGCGAACAACAUUCGCACACGUCGGAAUCUACGCGUCGAUUUGGAAAAGCAUCAGUUGGAGUUGUACGAGGAUUUUCUCAAGGCGUUCACCUUGGUAAAGGAGCGUGUGGAAGAGUUGGAUUCCGAUAUCAAACAGAUGCUAAAAUCGUGUCAGGAUGUGAACCAACAACUUGUGGGCGUGAAAUCUAGGACAGACGAUCUUAUCAAUGAGGCGGCAGAUCUACAGGCACAGAGCGUGAAAGGCGAAUUGAAACUCUCGGUGCUGGAAUGUUUGCAUGACACGUUUCAGAUCUCUACCGAGGAUGCUGAAUUACUUUGCUCAGCGAACCAACCGAUUGAUGCGAAUUUUUUCCGAAGUUUGGAACGUGCGCAUCAGGUUGAGAAGAAUUGUAAAGAUAUGAUUCGUUCCGGUGAACAAAAUUUGGGGUUCAACAUGUUGGAUUCCACACGAUCCACUAUGGAAUCAGCAUACCAGCGUUUGUACCAGUGGACUCAAAAUGAAUGCCGUAUGCGAACACAAGAUACUCCCGAAAUCGGCGCAACGCUUCGUAAAGCCAUGUCCGAACUUCAAGAUCGUCCUGUUUUAUUCAAGUGA